UAUAAUCAUCGGUUCAUUUACGUGUAAGCUUGGAAAGUAAACCUUGCCCCAUUACUUGUAGGAAUCGUUAUCGCCAGACUAUUUAAGUGCUGGUAUUUUACAAUUGCUCAGUUUCAAAGGACGUGUACCAAAUGCGUUAGUAAGAGUUUAGAUUAUCUUCAUUCAGCACGGUACUCCUCUAGGAUGCAUACACCAGAAGCUUGGUACGUUUAUAACCCGGAAAUAGGGAUGAGGAGGCUAGAGUUGCCUAAGGGCGAAGACGCAGAGAGCGUGCUACGAGAAAUCAAAGGGCGUCCUUUGGAGGAGUGUUCCACACCUGCCUACCAAAUUGAAAAUUUAAUCGUAGAAUCGCAAAGCAACCGCGAUAAUAAUAAGGCGACGUUUGCACAAUUCCGUAAGGUUAAGCAGCUUUACUUGUCGUGCAACUGGGAGAGCUUAGAGUGUGAGCUGCUGGACGGCUUGGAUGACCUGGAAGGUCUCUACGUACCAAAUGGCAACGAGUUAAAGCGUAUAGAAAUUGGAUUCUUCGCUAAUAAACCAGCUCUGAAGAGACUUGUGGUUAACAAUGCGAGGUUGCAGUUGGAAGUGGGUUUGUUUAAGGGGAUGCCAAACCUGAAGGAGCUCGACUUGGGGCACAACCACCUGGAGCGUUUCCCUCUUGGUCUCCUCGGCGACCUUCCCGAUCUCGAGAAACUCGUACUGGCACACAAUAACAUUGCGAGCUUGCCCGCCAAGUGCUUCUAUGGCCUGCCAUUUCUGAAAGAGCUCGACCUGAGCUUUAACCAGCUGAAGGACUGGAACGAGGAGGCCUUUUCGUACGUUAACAGCUUAAACCACUUGGACAUCAGCAACAACAAACUUAGGCAACUAAAACCGUCAUCGUUCAAAAAGCUGAACUCCCUCCUCACUUUAAAUCUCGACAGCAACAGCUUGGAAAAUUUGGAAAAGGACACUUUCAUCGGACUACCGCGGCUCGAUUGUCUGGGGGUUAACAACAAUAAGCUUAAAACGAUCACCCCGUCCACAUUCGACCACCUGAAGGUUCUGAAGGUUCUGCUACUGGAGCAUAACGAGAUUUCGUCCAUCGGCCAGAACGUCUUCACCAACCUGGCAACGCUGCAGGUCUUCCGAUCGGACAACAACAACAUUGGCAAUCUGAAAAAGAACUCCUUCAACGGAUUCUCUCGUCUCACCUCCCUCCACCUCAACAAAAUCAACCUGGACACCUUAGAGGACGACUGGUGCGUCGGCCUGCACUCGCUCACCGAACUCAAUCUCAACGAGAACAAACUGACCCGCCUCCCCCGCUGCGCCUUCCACGCAAUUCCAAAACUCAACGAAAUCCACCUCAGCGGCAACCUCAUCGACACCGUCGACCCGCUCGCCUUCUACAGCGUCUACAGAUUAAAACACCUGGACCUAUCGCGCAACCGUCUCAAACAGCCCCCCGCCCAAGUCGACAACCUCCACACCGUCACGACCCUCAAUCUAUCAAACAACCACAUCGCCGCCUUAGGGCGUCGGUCGUUCGCCUCGUUUCGCGAGCUACGCGAUCUCGACCUAUCGAACAACCUCGUCGAGUUCAUCGAUCCCGAAGCGUUUACCGCGAACGAACAACUGCAGAGCCUCGAUUUGAGCUACAACCACCUGAAGACGAUCGAGCGCUGGGUCCAUUCGCUCGACUUAACCGAUUUGAAUCUCGGUUACAACGCUAUUUCGAAUGUCGAGGAGGUGGUCAGCUUGAAGCGAUUAAAGUCGAUUCGGGUUGAGGGAAAUUGCAUUUCUCCAACCGUGGUGGCCGUCUUAUCCAAGAAGGACGAUGUAAUUGAAAUUGAAAGCUAGCCGUUUAGAUAUCCUUAUCAUUAUUUAUUGUAGUCUAUUUUCAUAUAAUUUAAUUGAAUAGAAAUCUGUUUUCAGAC